AUGAAGCAGUUUGCCUUUUUGCUGUUAAAUUUAAAACUGUUUUACGUUAUUCAGCCAAUAUUACUAACGUUACUGCUGUUGCUGCUGAUCGGUAAUGCCUCAGAAGCGAUCUCAAUUAAAAAUGGUAGAUUAAAAAUUAAUAAUGUUUCUAUGCCAUUGAAUGUAUUAGUUAUGCUGCCGUUCAAAGAAUCAGCUUAUGACACUUUUGGUCUUGUUAUGGAUACAGCCCGACCGGCAAUCGAUAAAGGUCUUGAAAGGGCUAUUAAUCACAGUCUGAUUAUUGAAAAUCAGUUAAAUUUUACUUAUAUGGAUUCGAAGCUUUGGGAAGAUCAGGUUUUAACUGAACGCCAUACCGCAGUGGCUAUGAUUGAAGCCUACCGUCAAGAUCGUUUGGAUUUGAUGCUGGGUCUUGCUGAUAGUUACAGCAUCGCAACGCUAUCUAAAAUUGGUGCCGGUCUUGGCAAGGGUAUCCCUCUAAUAACAACUGCAGGAUUCCCAGCGGCUCUCAGCAGUCGUAAAUCAUUCACAUUUUUAACUCGAAUGAGGGGUAGCUACGAUCAAAUGGCAGAAAGUUUCUACUAUUUUGUCGGAUACGAUGAUCCAUAUGCAAAUCAGACUGAUCGACCUAGUCGCAAACGUUCAAAUGGUACACGAGUGAUGCCGGUAGUUGAGGCUGCGGUCAGUAAGCUUAAUAAGGAGAAGAGCAAGCAUAUAAUGGAAUACAAAAACAUGACAUUCGUAUAUCAUGACAAAAAACGAGCGAAAAGUGCUAAGCAGCAUACAAAUCCGGAAGAAAUGUCGAGUCAUUGCUAUUUUUCACUAUAUGCAAUUAAAAAUUACUUCACUAAAAAUUCUAAUUUUUAUCGAGAAGUUUGGGGUUCUAUUGCACCAUCUGUCGCGUUUGAUGAAGAUCAAGACAAUACGACACAGAAGCUGGUGGAAGUUCUCAAAAGGGCGUCCUACACUUCUAAUGGUAAGUACGUGGUUAUUUCUUGUUUUUAUUCGUUUCUUUCACCGCUUGUUUGUUCGUAA